UUAUUAAGGAUCUCGCGUGUCCGUUCACGUGUCCCCCUCGGAUUCCCACCUUGAUCCCCUUUAUUCGCGCGCGCGCGACCUCCGACGCGUAGGACACGCGUAUAGACGCGAGAGAUCGUCCCGCGCGCAUGUGUGCGCGUAUUGUACAUUUUGAUCGAUCCCGCGUCGUCUCGUCGACGAAAGAGUUCACGCCACGCGGCUGUGCGUAGUGCGUCACGUGCCUGUGUGUGCGAAAUCGAGGAAUAAGCCGAGGAAAGAGCGAGACGUGGACGCUUGACGCCGGAUUAAGGAUCAACGAGAUCGGUGAAGUUACGCCAGUGUGUGAGAAAAGAUCGCGGGGACUUUCGUCGCAAGAGAGAGAAAGAAAAGAAAAACUGCUGAAAGGAGAAUACCUGGGCAGCGAGUUCGGUCGCCCUCGCAGAGUCGCAUCGGCUAUGACGAGGAGGACGGCGGGGAGUCGCGCUGAUCGAGGUUCGUUGAUUGAAGCCACGGAUCCCGACGCGAUCGUCAUCAUCCCGUUGAAUGUGGAACACGAUCUCGCGGCUCUUCGUUAAGGGCAGCAGCAAGACCGCGGGGGUGCAGGAAGAAGCCGCGUCGCCGCUGCCGACGACGACGACGACGGCAAAGGAGGACGAGCAGCAACAGCAACCGAAGCGCGCGUGCAACGGCGUCGCCGACGACGACGCGCCCGCCGACGGUACGAGCGCCGUCCAUGUGUUCUACGACGCGGCGAUGGAUCGCGGCGCGAGUGCAGACGAUCGACGCAGGCCUGCUGCCGCAACUGGUGCCGCGGCGGCGGCGUCGGCCGACCAGCAGUCCAGCGGAGGCGAUUCCGAACACUUCUCCGACGCCUACGAGUCUCGCCAGUCAGGAGAUAAUCCCGAGAUGAUACUGGAUUGCGAGACCGUGGAUGAGUCGAAAUGA